GGCGCGCCCUGGGGUGGGGGGGACGUGGUUCCCAGGGCGGGCGCAGCGGGGUCCUGGCGGGUGAGAUGGGCGCCCCGAUGCGGGGUGCGGGCCCCCCGCGCUGCCUGCUGCUCCUGGCAGCCGUGCUGACGGCGCAGGGCUCACAGCUCCUCGGGGGUGCGCGCCCCAAAGUCAACUCCAUCAAGCUGGCCCCGGGCGCAGACGCGGCGCAGGGCAACAGGUCCGCAGUCUCCUUCCCGGGCUUGCUGCUCGGCGGCGGCAAGAAAAGCAAACACCUAGGCCAGGCCUACCCCUGCAGCAGCGACAAGGAGUGUGAAGUGGGGCGUUACUGCCACAGCCCCCAGCAUGGCGUGUCAGCCUGCAUGGGCUGCAGACGGAGAAAGAAACGCUGCCACCGGGAUGGCAUGUGCUGUCCAGCCACCCGCUGCAACAAUGGAAUCUGCAUCCCGGUCACUGAGAGCAUCCUGACUCCCCACAUCCCAGCUCUGGAUGGCACUCGGCACAGAGAGCGGAACCACGGGCACCACCACCCCAACCACGACCUGGGGUGGCAGAACCUGGGAAGGCCACACACCAAGAUGUCACACGUCAAAGGCCAUGAAGGGGACCCCUGCCUGCGCUCAUCAGACUGCACAGAAGGCUUCUGCUGUGCCCGUCACUUCUGGACCAAGAUCUGCAAGCCGGUGCUGCUCCAGGGGGAGGUGUGCACCAAGCAGCGCAAGAAGGGCGCCCACGGGCUGGAGAUCUUCCAGCGCUGCGACUGUGCCAAGGGCCUGGCCUGCAGGGUCUGGAAGGACACCACCUACUCGUCCAAGGCCCGGCUGCAUGCGUGCCAGAAGCUCUGAGCACCCCCCCACCCGCCUGCGUGCUGGAGCCGGAGCUGCUGGACCAGGAUGGGUGAGGACAGUGAGGAGCAGGAGAGGUGGAGGGCGGAUGAGACAGAGACAGACAGACAGUGUGGGGGAGAGAGAGAGAGAGAGAAGGGAAAGGG